AUAGUGCCAGAGGAUCGUGUGUCAAGCCGACGAUCUUUGGAUACCCCGGAGUCACUGGAUACAUUAGACCGCUGCUAUCGUCUCCUUACAUCAGCGAAACAAACGCGUACACCUCUUUCAGCAUCAUCAAAUAAAGCUACUCCUCCGUUAGUUCUUGGAAGAUUUCUUAAAAAAUCUGUGUAUGAAUUAAUUAAACAUCGAAUCACUAAAUUAGACCAUGACCUAUUCGAUGUCAUAUGGCCCGCUGUUAAAAAAAUACCUGAAAAUCGUAACAUAAUUCAAACAGUAGAAGAGGAUUUUCCGGGUGGAGUGACAGCGCCUGAUUAUUAUAUUUACGAUGUCUUUAGUGAAUUUUUGACACCACUUUUAAAGGAUCUGCAUAACAUUAACAUUUCCUAUGAAUUGCCAUUUCAUCCCCCGUCUGAUUUUGUUAAUAAUUCAGUUGUUUCUAAUCCGUCGACAUCAUCGGAGCCUUUGGUUGAAUUAAAUGUGGAUGCAAGUGAUGAGUUUGUUCUAUCGGGUAAUAUAGAAUGUUCAAGGAAUAUAGACGGUUUUGAAUUACCUCUUAAUCUCAAAAUCGGUAAACUAGAAGCAAUUGAAAGAAUUAUCACUACAAUAUUGCUAAAUGCUGAAUUUAAAAAUAUAAUCGGGCUCCUAAGUCCUGAAUCAGACCAAAAAGGAGGCAGCUACUAUACACUUAAUGAAGUAUUAGAAAAACCAUCUGAAGUAAGCGCAACUCUAGCAUCUUCUGGACUACUGAUUCCUCUGUGUGAAAGAGACGAAAUCGAUGACUUGAGUCGUUUGCACGGAAAACAUUGGCCAUAUGGUCGAGGAGUUUUCAUAAGCGACGAUAAAACGGUGGCAAUAUGGAUAAAUGUUCACGACCACUUAAGGGUAAUUAUCUCAACACCCCUUGAUUCCCCAGGCGAAGUUGGGCUGCCUUUUAGUAGAAUUUCUAAUAUCAUGAGGUACCUUCAUAGCAAACUUGAUUUCGUUUGGCAUGAAAGACUCGGCCAUCUAUCUAGCAGACCUACAUUUUUGGGGGCGGGACUUCGUUUUAAUCUUAUUAUUAACUUUCCUGGGUUAUCAAAAGAUUUGGAGAAUAUCAAGCACCUUUGUGCAAUGAGGGGCCUACAAUAUCGUGAAACUGUUAGCGAAGAUAUUGCUAAGGUCAGCAACUAUCAAAGUUUAAGUGUAACUGAAAUAAAUUGCUUUAAUGAUUUCGCAACUGCGAUAUCUAAUCUUCUUCAUCUUGAAAGAGAUUUAUCUCUUCAGAAUUCUGCACAUAUAGCGACAAUGUUGAGUAAUAUAUUCCGAAGAAAAAGAAGCAGUCUGGCGGAUUUGAACAUACGGGGGCUGGAUGAAAAACACUAA